UUACUCUUGUUCAGAACCAAAAAGAGCUUGAAAAUGUCUUGGAUUUUCAUAAUCUUGUUCCUCAGUUUCGGAUUUAGUAGUCUGUCAGAGGCUGGACAUCAUAAGAACCAUCCAUCUGCAGUUGUAGUUGGAACUGUAUACUGUGAUACUUGUUUCCAACAGGAUGUCUCCCGGGACAGCCAUUUCAUUCCAGGCGCAUCUGUUUUAGUGCAAUGCAAAGAUGGGAAUUUGAAGGAGAGUUUCCGGAAAGAAGUGAAAACAGAUGAGCAUGGAGAAUUCCAGGUUGAUUUGCCUUUCACUGUAAGCAGAUAUGUAAAGAGAAUAAAGAGGUGUUCAGUGAAACUGAUAAACAGCAGUGAGCCUUACUGUGCCGUGGCCUCAUCAGCUACUUCAUCUUCACUCCAUCUCAAGUCAAGGAAAGAAGGAAUUCACAUAUUUUCAGCUGGGUUUUUCACUUUCAAGCCUCUGAAGCAACCAACCCUUUGUAGCCGGAAACCCAUUGUUCAUGAUUCAAGAGUAAUCAACAACAGAAAAACCGGAUUUGGCAGUGGUGAUACGAUUACAGUUCCACCUCCAAUAAAGGACCCAAAAGUACCGAAAUUCCCUCAACUUCAUUUUCUCCCCGCUCUCCCACCAUUGCCUCAACUCCCCAACCUCCCUUCCUUGCCACCUCAUCCGGGGCUUCCCACCCUUCCACCAUUACCUGGAAAGGGAAGUCCGUUAACAAAACGAAAUAUAGCCCACCCUGCCUAUUUCUUUCCUCCACCAAACCUACUGGAUCCACCCCCACCCCAACUUCUCCCCCCAACUCCAUUUCAGCCUACUGCCCCCCCUCUUCCUCCUUCUUCCCGCCGGCCCCCUCCAGCACCAUUGAAUCCUUCUCCACCAAUACCAGGCCCUACCCCCCCACCAACACCAUUUCGGCCUCCUGCCCCCUCGCUUCCUCCUUUUUCCCGCCAGCCCCCUCCAGCAUCAUUGAAUCCUUCUCCAUCAAUACCCCGCCUUACCCCCUCACCAUCACCACCACCAUCACCGUCCUUACCAAUUCCCCCGCCUCCAUUUCCUCUUCCUCAGCCACCCUUCGUCAGCUUCCCCACUUCAUCUACUCCUUGAUGGAAUGCUAACUAUCCAUCUACAAUACUGAAUACUUAAAUAAUACCAGCAACAUUUAGGUCACUUCUUUGCUCUUUUUACCAUUCUCCUUCUAGUUUAAGUAAUUGUGAUAUGGAUAUGGUGUUGUUUUAGACUGAUGUAGCUUGACUAAUGUCAAUAAGAAGUGUAGCGUCGGUACCAAACGUAUUGUACUUGGAAUAAACCUGGGGCAUGAUU